GAAGUAGAUUGCGUCAACAAUAACUUCGAUAAUGAUGGAACAUCUUUGAUGAACAUUUUUAACACGAGUAAAUGCCAUAAAAUACUUUGCACUCUUAGAAUGGAAGACAACAAAGAUGCAACUAUUGACCCAGAAAAUGGACUGUGAAGAAAUGCAUACAAUCAUAAAAAGCACCAGCAACACAUGCCUGGUUGUGGUAGCAUAUGGUGAAAUAAACGGGAAAGUUGUUUCAGUUUAGAUCACAGUUUUCUUUAAUACAACAAAAAUGAAUAACAUAGACUUAACACAUCAACAACAUAGAUAAAUAUAUCAGUAAAAUAUAAAAACGAAAACUUGAUAAAAAAAUUUCCAUUAUUUUUUAUGAAAAUAUGGCUACAAGUGGAAGUUUCAAGAAAGGGGAAGGGGCACCGGUCCGUCCCCCACCUCCAAAAGUGGGAGGUAUGAUGAGCUUCAGCUUCAAGGCAUUAGAGGAGGAGGAAGAUGAUGAACUCUCUAUGGUGACCAGAAUGUCAGAUAGAGGGAAGGGGGAGGGCAAGGUGGGUGAGCCUAAAGAGAAGAGGGAGGAUAUUGACAGAGCCAGGACACAGUCCAAAUCUCCAGAACCAUUGGUGCAGAGUAAAGAAGCAGUGCUUUCUAGCUCUCCGUCAUCUAUGAAAAGUCAUUACUCUUUUGAAAAAUUAAUGGACAUAAAGGAAAAACUUGUGAAAAAGACUGAUAGUUUGUCAGAGUCAUUUAGAAAUAAAGAUAAAACAGGAGUUGGUCCCAAAGAUUUAUAUGCUUCACAAAGUGUGCAAAAAAGUAUCCCUGAGAGUGGACAGAAAAGUAAGCCUGAAGAGACAGUGAGAAAUGAUGAACUUCAUGCAGUAGAUAGCAAACAAACAGAAAAAGAUGUUAAAACAAAUACUAAGUUUAUUUCAUAUGAAAAGGAAUGGACAGUCGAUGUGCAAAACAAAGCUGAGGAAUUAGAAACUACUGAGGAAUAUUUUGAUCCAACUUAUGAAGAUUUUUCUGGUUUGCCACAGGUAGAUUUGUUAAGAAAACGCAAAGCAGAACCAAAUCUGAGGAAUAUUAAACCAGAAGUACCUUCUAGUCCAGUUGCCAUGUCAAAAUUUAGUCCCCAGACAGUAGAAAAGGAUAAUAUUGUGGAAAAAGAAAUGCAAUCAGCAAGCAAGAUACAUUUUGAAACAGGUUUAAGUGAAUCAAGUAAACAGGUAGGAACGGUGCAAAUCAGAAACACAAACAUUCCAGUUAAGAAAAUUUCCAUCUCUGCAGUGGUGCUUUUGUUAUGUGUGAUUCUGCCACUCCCUUCCUUCCUAAGUGGACUGAUCACUGGUACCCUGCUGGCGUCUGUAGGCUGGUUUUUGUUCCUGUGGAUUACAGAACCGGCCAAGCCAAGGGAGCCUAUCCUGGAGGACCCACCACUUGAAGAGUUACCUCCCAUGUUAAUGCCAGAAAUUAGGGAGCCAAAGGCAGAUGAAAGUUUCUAUAAGGGCUGGAUGAAUGAGCUUGGAGAGUAUAAUCCCGCGACAUACUCCAUCAACCAGACCCACUCCAUCUACAUUGACUUGGAGAGAAGCACACUGCGGCUCAGGCGGCCCAAGGUGAAUGUUCUUAAACGAGCCAUGUGGGAUGAGCCCAGCCACAUCCCACAGUUCAUCCAUCAGAGACAUUUUGAUAUCGAAGGAAGCAAGGUGUUCCUCGUUCCAGCAGGUUUAGUAAAGAAACGUUUGUGGAGCAAAAAGUAUCCAAUUUGUAUUGCCAUUGGUAAAACCAAUCAUCGACAGAAUGCUAGGUCAGAUUCUGCACCACAGUCUCCUGUGAGUUCUACAUUGGUUCCAGGCAUGAAAAUGAGUACCAGCCACAGUUCUGAUUCUGUUAAUGGAUUUGAAGUUGUGAAUGAAACAGCAUGUGACUCGUUUGUUCUGUACUUGUUUGCUCGAACCUGUCAGGAGAAGGAACAGUGGUUCAGACGUUUUUUGGCUGCUGCGAAAGGAUCUCCUCUGAAAAACAAUGUGCUUGAAAUCAAGAAUUUGGUAGAAACAUUCAAUAUGAAACAUACAAGAAAUAGUAGCACAGAUAGUCUUAAAUUUGGUAAUCGCCAAUCAUCAUCAGAUUCCUUGUCAUCUAUUUCGUCCAAUGUCACUGGAGAACAGGUUCCAGGUAGUUUUGAUCUCAAUGCUUUUGUGAUAUACAUGACACGUCUCAUGCCGCGCACCACAGCAAGCAGUGUCCCAUCCAGCCCUACUCACAGUGUCAGCGGAAAAGACAAAGAGCCUUUAUCACGAGAGAAGGGUUCACCUGCCCCAGGAAGUGGUGGCUCCAAGAGUAUUGUGUGUGAUCCAGCAUUACUUCCCUUGAAUGCAGUCAUUGGGCGAUGCUUCUAUGACUUUCUAGGUGACAAAUAUUGGGCAGAGAAAGUCAAAGACAAGCUACAAAAGAAGCUGUCAAAAAUCCAUAUUCCAUACUUUAUUGAGGACCUGAAGAUAAGUGAAAUCUGUCUUGGGAGGGAAGUGCCGGUGAUACGACGUGCUGCCAAGCCUUACCUAGACGAGAAUGGUUUCUGGGUUGACCUUGACAUCACCUACAGUGGCAAGUUCAAGAUGACGAUUGAGACCAAAGUGAACCUUCUGAGACUGAAGCAGCCUCCACCUGCACCAAAACCAGUGGUAGAGAAACAGGACAAGUCAGCAGUGACGAACAGUGAUGAAGAAGACAGUGCAGAAUCCUCCACAGAUGAAGACGAGGAGACGGCCAGUGUGAACGAGGAAGGACAAUCAGGAGGCACUGGUAAGAAGCUACUGAAGUACAUCAACAAGAUAACCAGCUCAAAGUACUUCCAGUCAGCCACGGAGUACAAGUUCAUCAAGAAGGCGAUGACCGAGGUGUCCAACACUCGCCUCAUUCUCACCGUGGAGCUACAGAAGCUGAGUGGAACCCUGGCACUCAACAUACCCUGCCCACCCUCAGACAGGCUCUGGUAUGGUUUCCGUGGUAACCCCCAGCUCUGGCUGGUAGCAAAACCUAAAGUGGGUGAGCGAGAGGUCACCAUGACUCAUAUCACAGAUUGGAUAGAGAAGAAACUGGCCUUGGAGUUCCAGCACGUAUUUGUGAUGCCCAACAUGGAUGACUUGGUGGUUCCCAUCCUGUCAGCAGGCCCCGAGGUGGAGGAACACACCGCCAUGCCUCAGCCUGCGCAGGGAUCUGAGGUCUAACCCUUUCCAUACUCAUUGAAGGAAUGGAUCUCAUGUUUAACCCUCUUCCUUGAGGGAUCAGAACUCUGCAUUCAUGGAUCAGAAGUCAAGCCCACUUUGCUUGAGGUUUAAACCUAUAUACAUGAAGAGAUCCAACGUAUUAACUCCUCAUUUUUAGAGACCAGUGAUGUAACUCCAUUAAAAUUGAACUAUAGCUGAUUUUUGUUUUGUGUUUUUGCAAAUAAAUAUAAAUACAAGGCAACUCUUGUCACCCUAGGCUGGUGUAAAAAAAAAAAUCAUCUACUGUAAAUGGUAUUGAAAUAUUUUUUUUAAAGUUCAGUACUGAAGUGAAUUAAAGCAUGAUAAUUUUUACGAAUCCAUGCUUCUUAUUCAUUGCAUGUGUCAUGGUGCAAACACAAGCAAAGCUCUGACUUAUUUCAUAUUUAAGUGAAGAGCACUAAAGACUGGAGACUCCAUGUGAAUAGUUGUCCUGUUUUCUUUGUAACAUUUUAUUCUCCUAUUUAUUUAAAUUCCACUGCUAAUAAUACUUACCGGUAAGUUUUUUUAUUUCCUUCAUACGAUAUACCAUGUAUAUUAUAUAAGUUUAUUUUCAUUGUUUGUUGUGUUGUUUACUGCUAUAGUUUCCUGUUUUUCAUUCAUUGUUUUUGGCUUUUUUCGUGUCUAACUAAUUGAAGCUUUGUUUUACUGUGACAGUUCACUAAUACACAUGUGCUGGAGUGAAGAAAUGUCCAACUUUCACAUCAUUUUCACACUCUGACUUUAUACUUGACAACUUCCGUACCCAAAUAGGGACAUUUAUCUAGUCUGGAUGUAAAAUAUCAGAUGUAAGAUUUCCAAACACAAGGUGUGCCACUGAUUUUACUUCAAAAUGACACGUGUGGAGAGGUGAGACCUGAUUUGGAAUGUCAGUUUUCUUUCUUUAGCUUGACUAUUCGUUUAAUAGUCCAAGCUGUUCUACUCACCCAAAUGUCAGCUGUUUGUCUUUGUACUUCUCUGGUUAAGGUAAAAGUGGAAUAUCUCCUCCUCAUUUUUUCUACGACAGACAUUCAAUUGUAUGGUUUGGGUGUUUUAUGUGAGGCCAUAGACGAAGUUCCAUAACUCUGACUUGCAAUUUAGCGGAAUAAGGCUGCUUUUUUUUUAAUUGAUGAAGGUAAAUGUGCAAUAUCUCCAUAGCGCUGUUACUACUGCUCAUAUCCAAUUCAUACACAUGUUCAGGGUCAUUGUGUUAGGCCCCUGACCAAGCUCCAUGACCAGCAAUUUAGGAUUAUUAUUCCUGUUUUUUAUGCAGUACAUUGGUUAAUGUUAAAAUGCAACAUAUUAUUGUUUCUACUACAAGUAUUAUGUUGAAACUUCACUCAAAUGUUUAGGGUUAUUUUCUUGGCUCAAAUGCCAAGGUCUUUUCUGUGCUCACUGACCACAGGUGGUUAGAGUGUGGUUAUGAUAUUAAUUAGUGAAAACAUCAUUUUUAAUGAUAAGUAAUCCAAUUAUAACGAAAAAUCAACUGUUCUGGAAAAAAAUCACUAUCAAAUAUAUAUAUAUUUAUAGGUAUUCAACACAAAAUCACUCGAAAAUGGGCUUUGAACAGCCAUAACUUCAUCAAUUGUGCAGUGAUUUUCACGAACUCUGUCUUAUUCAACGCAUAAAUGAAUUUCCUUUCUGGAAAUGUACACUUGCAAGAUUUUUACAAAUGCUGGGUCAAAUUUUAAGAAAUGACAUGAUACACAACUCGUGUGACCUAGUCAACUUCAUAUAUUUCUUUGUGGUUAUAAUAUAAGGUGACUUACCAUAGACAAACAUUAUACCAAUAAUAUCAAAGGGGAAGAAUACUGGUAGUCAUGUGCCGUCUUGUGACAGCUCUUGUGGAUGUUUACUAUUUUGUAUUACUAUUUUUAUGCCCCCCUUCGAAGAAGAGGGGGUAUAUUGCUUUGCUCAUGUCGGUCGGUCGGUCGGUCUGUCAGUCUGUCCGUCCACCAGGUGGUUGUCAGACGAUAACUCAAGAACGCUUGGGCCUAGGAUCAUGAAACUUCAUAGGUACAUUGAUCAUGACUCGCAGAUGACCCCUAUUGAUUUUGAGGUCACUAGGUCAAAGGUCAAGGUCACGGUGACCCGAAAUAGUAAAAUGGUUUUUGAAUGAUAACUCAAGAACGCAUACGCCUAGGAUCAUGAAACUUCAUGGGUAGAUUGAUCAUGAUUUGCAGAUGACCCCUAUUGAUUUUGAGGUCACUAGGUCAAAGGUCAAGGUCACGGUGACCCGAAAUAGUAAAAUGGUUUCCGGAUGAUAACUCAAGAAUGCAUACGCCUAGGAUCAUGAAACUUCAUGGGUUGAUUGAUCAUAACUGGCAGAUGACCCCUAUUGAUUUUGAGGUCACUAGGUCAAAGGUCAAGGUCACGGUGACCCGAAAUAGUAAAAUGGUUUUUGGAUGAUAACUCGAGAACACAUACGCCUAGGAUCAUGAAACUUCAUAGGUAGAUUGAUCAUGACUUGCAGAUGACCCCUAUUGAUUUUGAGGUCACAAGGUCAAAGGUCAAGGUCACGGUGACCCGAAAUAGUAAAAUGAUUUUCGGAUGAUAACUCAAGAACGCUUUUGCCCAGGAUCAUGACACUUCAUAGGUACAUUGAUCGUGACUCGCAGAUGACCCCUAUUGAUUUUCAGGUCACUAGGUCAAAGGUCAAGGUCACAGUGACAAAAAUUGUAUUCACACAAUGGCUGCCACUACAACGGACAGCCCAUAUGGGGGGCAUGCAUGUUUUACAAACAGCCCUUGUUCUUAGGGUAGCUUUUAUUUAUCAUCUUUUGUUAUACAAAGCAUAUCUAUACAUAAUUUUUAUUUAUUAAUUUUAUUUGUGUUUGCAUUAUUUAUUUAAUAUGGUUAUUCAGCUUAUUCUUUUUAAUUUUUAAUGGUAUGUCUUCAUUUAAAUGACAACAUAAUUAUGUUGGUGUCGAUUGUGUGUAAUGUAACAUUUAUAUUGUGUUGUUUGGACAUAUACCAAAUACUGGUAUUGCAUGCAGUAUUGGAAGUGCUGUCCAAAAUGUUUUUUGGCUGCUGUUGCUAGAUCUCCUUGCUUGAUACAUUUUUGAAAAUUC